AUGCCGGAAAAGGGCACCCUAAUCCCACCAUGGUACCAAUACGAUCAGCCAAGCUGCGAAGACCUGGCCAUUGUCAGCGUCGUAUGGGGCAUGACUCUCGCCCUGACUGCCUUUGGUCUUAUUCGAGUCAUUACUCAAACAUAUCACCAAUGGAAGCGCGCUCGAAGAGUUACUACGUACAUGGUCCUCAUCUGGUUGGAGUUGAUUGCGAGCGCCAUCAUCGGAGGACUUGCCUGGGGUUAUGUUCAUGGGAAUAUUGCUCCUGGUUUUGAAAUCUACUUUGCAUUUCUCUUUCUCUGGGUCUUUCAGAUUCACUGCAUCAUGCAAAUCAUUAUCAACCGGAUCGCUCUCCUUGCCGUCUCGCAGACUACCGUUCGUCGAAUAAAAUGGGGAACAUUUGCUAUACUCGUCGUCAUAAACAUCUCGGUCUUCUGUAUCUGGAUCCCCGCUCGCCUGCAGAUCAACAAGACUUAUAUCCACAUCAACGACAUCUGGGACCGAGUUGAGAAGGGCAUAUUCGCAGUUAUUGAUCUGGCAUUGAACCUUUACUUUGUCCAUCUUGUGCGCUCCUCACUUAUCUCUUACGGGCUCACCAAGUACGUGGCGCUGUAUCGCUUCAACCUGGUUAUGGUUGUCAUUUCUAUCUCAAUGGAUAUCCUCAUCAUUGCGAGCAUGUCGUUUGACAAUACCUUCCUAUACGUUGAAUUCCAUCCUCUCGCAUAUCUGGUCAAACUUCACAUCGAACUCUCCAUGGCUGAACUCAUCGCCAAGAUUGUCAAGGCCUCAGGCCCUGACCUAUCCUGCCACUGCACCUGUCAUAGCCAUGCGAAUCGCAUCUUCCUCAACGAAAUCCAUCCCAGGCAUACCGCUCCCUCUCGGCCGAACACAAUUGCACCAACUACCGGAAGAUUCCGCCGCUCCUGGCCGGUCUGGCCGAGAGAUGGCCGAGUUCGCGCAGGCCGAGUACAGACUCCGUCAGAGCAAGAGGCACCUCCCCGGAAACGACCUAGAACCGCAGACAACGAGCCGCGAAACGUGACCUGGACUCCUGAAGCUCAUAAAGCUUCAGAUUGGGGAUUGUCCAGCUUGCAGAGUUCCAUGGGGCAGUCGAGCAGAAGUACACACGACCACAACGACUGA